AGUCCAUAUGUUAGCCGUGCUCUCCACCGCACCGUGUUUCACCUAUAAAUAUUCCAGCUCCCAAACGAUUAUUCCUCUUCUUACACAGAUUACGAAUUUAGCUUCACUUGAAAAUUCCCUUUCGAAGCAAGCUCCCGUAGUGCAACUAUGGUUUGCGAUAAGUGUGAGAAGAAAUUGUCGAAGGUGAUUGUACCUGAUAAAUGGAAAGAAGGUGCCAGCAAUACUACUGAAGGCGGCGGCCGUAAGAUUAACGAGAACAAACUCCUCUCCAAGAAAAAAAGGUGGUCACCUUAUGGAAAUACAAAGUGCACUAUUUGCAAGCAACAAGUGCAUCAAGAUGGCAAGUAUUGUCAUACCUGUGCUUAUAGUAAAGGAGUAUGCGCAAUGUGCGGAAAGCAAGUUCUUGACACCAAGUUAUACAAACAGAGCAAUGUAUGAUGUGGACAUGGCUGAUGAUCUAACUUCUCUGUUAUCUCAGCACUCUUAUCUUAAAGAAUUGUUCUUUGUGAAUGCAAUGAGAAGCAGUUAUUUUGUGUUCAUGAUUCUGUAAAAUACUUAAAAGAGCUGCACCAAAUGAGGAGCUGUAAAUUGGUGAUAUCUUGAACCAUUAAUUUCAUUCUUGUCUUUACGAUUUA